UUCUGCGCCGACUCCAUCUUCCCCGCGCUCGAUUACAAUGCCGACCCGCCUGUGCAGAACAUCUCCAUCAGAGACGUGCACGGGAACGUCUGGGAGUUCCGGCACAUUUACCGGGGAACCCCUCGCAGGCAUCUCUUGACAACAGGAUGGAGCAAGUUUGUCAACAGUAAGAAGCUCAUCGCUGGGGAUUCGGUGGUUUUUAUAAAUAAUGGCGAGGGGAAGCUCUUUGUUGGGAUUCGGCGGAUCGGGAGGUCCUGCGGGAAGCCGGAGUUCCUGAAGCUGGACGAGAAGAUGAGUAGUGUGGUGAAUAAAGACGGGUUUUCGAGGAAUGUGAAGGGUAGGGUUCCGGCUGAUUCGAUACUGGAGGCGAUUAGGUUGAUGGAGAUGGGGCGCGAGUUUGAGGUGAUGUAUUAUCCGAGGGUGGGGUCGCCGGAGUUUGUGGUGGAGCAGGAGGUGGUUGAUAAGUCUCUUAGUUUGUGUUGGAGUGAGGGGAUGAGGAUUAAGAUGUCGGUGGAGACUGAGGAUUCGUCGAGGAUGACUUGGUUUCAGGGGAAGGUCACGCGCAACAAUGUCAGGGAUUCGGGGCUGUGGUCGUAUUCUCCUUGGAGAAUGCUGCAGGUGACCUGGGAUGAGCCUGAGGUUCUACCGAAUGUAACAGCUGUCAGUCCUUGGCAAGUGGAGUUGGUGCCUACCUCUCACCAUAUGCAUGCACCAUUUCCUCCCAUGAAGAAGCUUAGGGCACAAGGUCUCGAGUUAUCUAGUGAUGGGCAUGGAAGCAUCGUUGUUCCUCAGUCACUCACAGAUAGUAUGAAAAUGGGGAAUCUAACCCCAUUCCCCACAUUUCCUGCUGGCAUGCAGGGAGCCAGGCAUGAAUUCUGUGUACCAAGUUUGUCCGACUUCUUACACAGGAACACCAAUCAGAUGUUCUCUGAUAAUUUCUAUGGCAUUAAGGUGCCAGAAGAGCUGAAUAGGACACAAAGAGAAGCAUCAUCGCCUCCUAGCCAAGAAAGCAUCCAUAAUCAUGAUCAGGAUCUUCUAGGAGUUGCAGCUUGUACUCAAACUAGAAAAGUUGGCAAAGGAUCAAUUCAGCUGUUUGGGAAGAUAAUUCAUACGAAUGACCCUGAUGAUAACAGUGUUGAUGGAGAGUAUGCUGCCAAUGAAGGUGUUCGGUCACUUGAGUUUUUCACUAUCUUUCCAACACAACCUGUUGUUUGAUGGUGUUGAUGUUCAGCGUCAAAGAAUUUCAGCUGCAGAAGCCAUGAUUCUUAUGAUGAAGUGGAGUAACUUUCCAGCAGGCAACUUGUACAGGUAGGUAGGUAGAUGUCUUAGAUAAAGAUGACAUGAAGCUCAACUUGAAGCUGUAGGAUCUUGGCCUCAGUCUCAACUUGAAGCUGUAGGAACUUGAUGUCACUUUUCAACUGCUAAUACUGACCAAGUUUCAGACUAGUGCUAUUUAGUCUAGACUUUUUAAGUGUUAAAGUGUAUGGCAUCUUAGCUGUUGCCAUUUGUAAUGAAGCAAUUGUUGACAGUUUAAUCAUUCGUACUCUGGCUCGAUCGUUAUUUGGUUUAA